CCCUAUUAUCUAUGGAGUGGACAGUAGUUGGAAAUUGUGGCCAAGAUGAACAUGUUUGAUUAUAUCGUGGUUGGAGCAGGAAUCAACGGCUCUUGGACGGCCUACCACCUGGCAAAAAUGGGUCACAAGGUGUUGCUUCUGGAAAAGUUUCCACUUCCACACUCCCGGGGAAGCUCCCAUGGACAAAGCCGAAUCAUCCGAAAAGCUUAUCGACAACCAUUCUUCAACGAAAUGAUGCAUUCGGCUUACCAACAAUGGCAUGAUCUCGAGGAAAAAGUAGGCAUGGAGUUGAUGGUACCAAUGGGAUUACUUUGCUUCGGAGACAACAGUGAGUAUAUAACUUCAACCAUUCAAACCUUGAAGAAUGCCAAGCGUUCCAGUAAAGUGGAAUUCUACGACAAACUCGAGUUGGAGGCAGCUUUUCCGGACAUCAACUUCCUUGGGGACAAGGUACAAGGACUUUUGGACCUCGAAGCAGGAGUGCUUAGGGCGGACAAGGCAUUAAUAGGAAUCCAGAGAGCUGCAGUUCAGUUGGGAGUGACCAUAAAGGAUAGCAUUGAAUUUACCAAUUUAGAAUGGGUGGGUGAUAAUCUGGUAAGGAUUGAAGGUAAAGGUCCGGGUGGAAUCUCUCGAUUUGAAGCUAAAGGAGUAGUCCUUUGCGCCGGUCCUUGGUCUAUGAAGGUUUUGGAAAAGAUCGGUAUGCCAGUGAAAAUGAAGGCUUGGAAAAUACCUGUUACCUAUUUUCCCUGUGCACAAUUUAUGUCCAAGACUUUUGUCUAUGACAAUGGAGUGGAUCAUUUCUACGGGGUUCCUGAUUUGGAAUAUCCAGGUUUGGUGAAGAUUUGCCGUCAUAUUGGGGAUGAUACUGAUCCAGAUGAACGGGAUCAUUGUGAUUCAACACUGACCAAGGCCAAGGUGAUUGAUUUCGUUACAAGAACGUUCCCAACUGUCGAUCCAAGGCCAGUCAUUGAGGAGUCUUGUCUCUACACGAUGUCUCCAGAUGAUGUGCCAGUUUUGGAUCGCCAUCCCAAGUUUAGGAAUAUUGUGGUUGGAUGUGGAUUCUCAGGAACUGGCUUCAAAUUGGGUCCCGUUACUGGAGAGAUUUUGGCUUUGCUGGUCACCGAUGGGAAUCCGAUUUACGAUCUCCGGCCAUUCCGUUAUAAUCGCUUUUGAAGGAAUUAUAUUGUCAUCAGAUGGUCAAGGAAUUGAGACUCGAGCUUAACCAUGGUUUGUAAAAGUGCAACGAGACAAAUAUUUGAUUUGAACAAUCUUGAAUUUUUUUUUGCAAAUGAACAACACUUAUUGUAUAUUGUACAUUGAGAUUCAAGUCCUUGCUUUGUUUACUUCAUGCAUUUCAAGGCUACUUCAACUCGAAUAAGAUUUUUUAUCUCUAGA